AUGUCCUCCGACGCGUUCGCAUGGUUGCGCGAUUGGAUCCAAGGGACCGCGAACACGAGCACUGAGGAGCCAUUUCUCGCAGCAAGUCACGCGCACCUCCAAGCGCCGCACGAUGGGUCAGACGCACCCAAAGCCGACGAAGACCUUGAAGGUCUCUUCACAGGUUUUGAUUGGGAUCUGUCUCCCCGUGGAUCGCCAGAGCCUCCCAGCUCGAAUCUCUCCCCAAAGAAUGCCACCAUAGGGAUCAACCCUAUGGACACGCUCCUCUUCCCCCAGCCCUGCAGUGGUCAAGUGUACACAUCUGCACAUAAACACGGGAAAUCCUUGCAACAUCUGCUGCCACACGCGGAGCCAUCAUCCGCGGUCUCCUCUGGAUAUUCCCCACACAGUGCGCUGUCCUCGGCUGUCGGCCCUUGGGCGGCCGCAGUCAAUCCGUACCAAGCCUACCACGCAAGCUGGUUUUACAAGUACUCCACUACAAGCCCAUCGCUCGUUGCGCUGCAUAGCGUAACGAAUGAUCCUGCACCUGGCCUGCAAUAUGCAGGGCAACGAACAAGAAACAAUCAUUACAUCAACUACGGCAACGGCGACGACGACGUCGAUACCCGAGCGCCGCACACUCCUCGUUCCAGGAAGCCCAACUCCAGUACUCACAGGGAUGCUAUCCGCCUGUGCGUCAAUAGGCGAUACAAGCCCAAGGAGCCCGCCGCCUACAACUACGGAUGCAAACUUUGCGACGCAUGGUUCAGUCGCAACAGCGAUCGUCGACGUCACAUGAGAACCGGUUGCGCCAACGGCCAGCAGAAGGAAUGGCAGUGUCCUCUCUGCCUCAAGAUGUACUCGCGCAUCGACUCGCGCGCGAGGCAUUGCCAGAGCCUACACGAUAUGUCAUACAAGGACGCAGUCGCACUGGCCCUGCGAAGGACGGCCAACACGGUGACUGGUGCGAGUGAAGGCUCACAUGCAUCACCCGACGAAGAUUAA